GCAACCUUUAUUGAGAACCCGGAAAUAAAAUACCGGAUUUACUUCAGUUACGUAACAGAGCGGUGGUAUUGAUGUAACUUUAAUUCCCCGUUAUUUCUUCUAGUCCCGACAAUGAAUGAUGUUCCGUGAGAUUCACCGUUAAGCAUCCAGUCCUGCGGUGGAGAUGACGAAGGAGGACGUUUCGGAGCCAGCAGAGGGAGACGCUGCCCCAGACUGCAACUCCAGACUGUUCCCGCACCAGAGGCCAUUCAUCCACCAGGUGGCCUCGGCACCCAUGCCCAUUGACUGUGAAUUCUCCUUCUUUGACCCUGGCGAGCCCCAGUGCAGGGAGCUUCUGCUGGACCCCUGCACCAGCAUACCGGAGCUGUUCGCUGUUCUCAGGCAGUGGGUCCCUCAAGUGCAGAGGAACAUUGACCUCAUCGGAAAUGAGAUUUUAAAGCGAGGCUGUGGGGUGAAUGACCGGGACGGACUGACGGACAUGAGUCUCCUCCACUACUGCUGCAAGGCUGGCGCUCCGGGCAUCGGUGACGCCAACACGGCGGCCAGUUUCGCCCGUCGGCUCCUCGCCCUGGGCGCUGACCCCAACCUUCGCUCACGCUGGACCAACAUGAGGGCUCUGCACUACGCCGCCUACUUUGAUGUGCCGCAGCUCAUUCAGGUGGUCUUACAAGCCUCACAGCCCGGAGAUGUUGACGCCACCUGCAGCGACUUUGACUUUGGCACGGCCCUCCACAUCGCCGCCUCCAACCUGUGCACGUCAGCCAUCAAGUCCCUCCUGGAGCACGGAGCCAACCCGGCGUUCAGAAAUGACAAAGGCUUGUGUCCAGCAGACGUGGUACCAGACCCACUAGAGAUGCCCCUAGAGAUGGCGGAUGCAGCCGCUCUUGCCAAAGAGCUCCGGACGCUUUUGAGAGAGGCACUGCCCCGACCCAGUUCCCCGCUGGCCCUGACGUCCCCGGCCCAAACCCCUGCAGCUCUUUCUGACAAAGCCAAAGUGCAACUAGGCUCCAUGGGAAUCAGACUUGGAGACCGCGUAGUCAUCGCUGGGCAGAAGGUUGGAGUCCUUCGAUUCUGCGGCAACACAGAGUUCUCCGGCGGGCUCUGGGCCGGAGUGGAGCUCGACAAACCCGAGGGCAAGAACGAUGGCUCGGUCGCCGGGGUGCAGUAUUUCACAUGUCCGAUCAAACAUGGAAUCUUCGCUCCUCUCUCAAAAAUCAGCAAACCAUCCGACAGGCCGAGAAGUACGCAGCGGACGAAGAUGUCAAUGCCCAUUCGUCCUCCUCGUCGCAUCGACCUGUCUCGCAUCACCUCCAAGAUUAACACAGGUGUCGUAUCCCACUCUUUGUCCUCCUCCUCCUCAUCCCUGGACUCCCGGCCCACGCCAACCUCCAGACACAGACCAACUCCAAGACCGCGCUUUACUGCCAGGCAGCGGCGAGAGCGAGCGUCGCAGAGUUCUCGAGCGGCUCCCUCACCUGCCCUCCGUCCUUCUCCUGGCACCUUAGCACUUCCACCAUUAGGUAUUAGGAGUCGAACCCCUUCAGCCAGCAGCUCUGUGUUUGAAGGAUCUGAGCUGCGUGUUGGGGAGAGGGUCCUUGUUGUCGGCCAGAGGACUGGGAUGGUCAAGUUCUGUGGAACGACCAGUUUUGCACCAGGGCUGUGGCUGGGCAUUGAACUGGACAAACCCAGCGGAAAAAACGACGGCUCCGUCGGCGGCGUGAGGUACUUCAGUUGCCCGGAGAAGCAUGGCGUCUUUGCCCCGCCGUCUCGUGUGCAGCGGAUCCACGGAUCAGUGGACUGCCUCUCCGAGCUCUCGUCCUCCCGCCUCAGCCGCCCUCUCAGUGGAACGAUGCGCCGCAGCUUCAGCACGUCCUCUGCCAUCGCCGCCUCCAAGGAGACGAGCAGACGAAGUCCUGUGACCAGGAGUCGAUCCAAUCCUCACCGGCGCCGCUGGAGCACGCUGAGUGGCGGGGGCGCUACAGCACGAGCGAGCCCUUCACCUGUUUUCAACAGUCAGGUCCAGCUCCACGUCGGAAUGCAAGUCCUGCUCACCAGCGCCAAUGAGAUGGCGGUGAUUCGGUAUCUGGGAACGGCGGAUUUUGCCCCGGGACUUUGGCUUGGGUUGGAACUCCGAGGCGCCAAGGGGAAGAAUGACGGCUCGGUCGGCAGCCGCCGCUACUUCACCUGCAGCCCCGGCCACGGGGUGCUGGUGCGCCCGAGCCGCGUCACCUACCGCGGCAUCAACGGCGCCCGUCUGGUGGACGAGAGCAGCUGAAGCGUUUCCCAUCCCUCUCUCACGUCUGCGGUCUUCCCUGCUGCACUCACGCAACAUGGUGGAGUGUACGGCACUUUAUGGAAUCAACAGAAUUGGAUCAGAAUUUCGGGGGUGUGGAAGAGCCAACCGACAACACUGCACUACUUUCAUCUGAUUGCACUGACAAACUCACAGAUACGAGGAAAUAGAGUGUCGUCAACGCCAGAUUUGUAUCAAAUAAUUUAGGUGGUGUGUGUCCUGGUGGAAAUAUUUCUUUGCUUUCCCUGUGUGUGGAUGCAUGUUUCUGGCUGGAAUGAAUACAAGAUAAAUGACGAACAGGAAGUCGUUCUCGCUUCAUUUGCGCCCUGAGUUCAGAUGUAGACUCUGGACAAAGAAAGCAAGCUUUCCUCUUCUGUCUUUCAGUCGCCCGACAAAUCUUCUUGGUGGUUGAUGAUAGCCAGAACGGAACCAUCCUGGUUGGAGAUGGGAUCCUUCCCCAGAUGGAGGAGUUCUAGUGUCUUGGGGUUUUGUUCUUGAGUGAGGGAAGGAACGUUUUCACUGGUCUGUCACAGUGGAGAAAGAGCUGAGCCAAAGGACAAAGCUCUCUCUGUGAACUGUGGUCUCAUCCAGGAGAGACUUGGAAUAGAACCAACGCUGCUCCAUGUGUUGAAAUGGGAGGAGGCCCAGGACCAAACUAGGACCCCUAACUGGAGGAGGUUUCAGGAGCGAGGGUCCGACUUGUGUCUUGGCAGAGCUGGGAUAUUGGGCGCUGUGAACCAGGGAGGUCUUGAUAUGGUCCCCAUCUUCUCUCCUCACCAAAUCUUCACUUUUUUCUUUCCCUCAGCUUGAACUAGUUGGACAGGGCAGUGGGAGGACAGUGAUUCCGCGGUGUAGCAAAACAGCUGCUUCUUUCUGACGGGACCACGUCUGUUAUCGACGGCGCCUCCGGCACUCAGGAAGUUAGCCAAUUACAUUUCACACUUAAGUGACAUCAAGUGGUUAAAGUCGGAAAAUGUUGACUGCUAGGUCCUCAAUGUGCGGAUGCCUCGGCGGGAAACAACCCAUUCAUUAUGCGAGAGGAAAUCAGAGCCACCCUCCAGGAAAACACCGACCAAUUAGAGCGAGUGGUGGCCGGAGAUCCUCAGUCACGGUCACGUAUCGACCCGUCCGGUCCGAGCCUCUGUCAUUGGAAAGCCACAGCACCGUUUGUGUCCUGUCCCAUUCUCUCAUGCUGCAGUGUUCCAGUUCCGUGUGGUGCAUCAAAGCGGCUCCUAAAAGUAAAAGGAGGAUGUUCUAACUUUGCAUCCUCCACACGGCUCUGUUCUUUUUUUCCACAAUGUCAAGUUGUGACGGCGGGAGUGCGCGCAACAGUCGCCCUGGGGACGGCAAAUGAAACGGCGACACGUCUAUGUACUUACCAUAUUGUCCCACCGGGGCCUUCCUCGUCUGAGCCAGGAAGGAAAAAAGAUUCUGAAGCAGCAAAGUCUGUCGGUGUUUACAAAUUCAUGACAGAACGUCACGUAGCAGAUUGUCUUUCCGUCUGGCGAUGACGGUCUGUAAAUGCAGACUGGUGACGGUCAAAUAAACAUGAAUUCAUUACUGCUAUACGUUUUUCCAGAUCCGGAUUUAACCUCAUGAGCACAGUUGAUAGCAACGUUGCCGUAAGCUACGCUAACUUCUGUCCACUGCAAGAAGCGACAAAAACCGAACUAGAAUGACUUGACAAGAAAAGGUUCCCACUCAACGUGAGGACUCUCUGUGAAUCCCACACAUCUGAGUGAGUCCUGUGGCUCCUGUAAAGAUCAUCGUCUGCAACGAAGGAAGAUCCCGAUCAAACGCAAGCUUACGACAUGGAUGUGAGUGGCGCGUUGUCUCAGUGAAACUAACCUCUAACCGCCGCCUUGAUUUCACUCCCUCCAAAAACCAUCCGACAAAAACUGCCCGACACAGAGAUGAGACUUCAGACAUUUCUCUUCUUUAGUGGGAGAUCGGAAUAAAAACCUGGAGAUUUUUCCCCCACAAAAAGACGAGGGUGGAGAGCUGCGCUCGCACAUCUGGCAUCCCAGAAUACUCUUGUUAUCUCUGGCAAACACAGGCCGACGCCCGCACAAGUCUCAGCACGUUAGCUCAGCGAGGAUAAUCCUGCCGGAGUCCACGUCCCCGUGUCAGCAGUAAUGACCGGCUCACUCCACAUAAUCCUGCGUGUUGCUCAGCUGCGUCGCCGCACGGACCGUAAACAACAACACGACCGAUUACAUCCCCAGCUGCUUUGGGUGGGUGCCACAGGUGCGAAGAGCCAACAGCCAAUUUGAAUCCUCGUCAAACUAAAUGGUCUGGAGCUCAAAACAAAAGAAUGUGGUGCAGCUGCAACGUCGGCAGGAAGAGAAGAAGACUUUGGUGAAGAUUAACCGAAACAUUCUCGAACAAUAAGGAUCGAUUCGAACGCUCAGUCAAAACACGUCACUCUCUUGUUGUGAUCAGGAGGAUGCUAACAGUGGCUGCUGCUUGUUAGCGUUACCCGAACGUACUUGUCUGACGCUUGGUGAAGGGAACCGCCUUGAGGUGAGGGAACAUUUUACACGUUGUACUCCUUUUACGCUUCUGUAAAUUUUCAAUGAAGUGACUUGAUAAAACACUGCCUGGCUACGACGCGAAAUAUCUUCUUUUGAUCCUGUCAGAAAUUGCACGAAAGACAGUCACUUUGGUUGUAUAAAGCAGAGACAAUACAUUGCUAAGUAGUAGCUAGCUUCGCUGUUUUUUUCUUUCUUUUUUUACGGUGUUCAUUGCCAAUCUUGCCACUUAUAACACCAAGUAUGUGUCAUAAUACAUAUAUAAAUAUAUAUAUUUUUUGAAAGGUUGAGCAAUAAUAACCUAAAACAAAAAAAUGUAUAAAUUUAUGAUAAAAAAAAGUUGGGAUGGGUCGCAGAAGAACACACAGAUGACAUUCAGCCCGCCAACUGAGUCCAUGUGGGUGUUUUGGCAGGGUUAUGUCGGGCCGCGGCAAGAGCCCUUGAGCCAAACAUGCCGACGCGGCGUCGCACUAAUUAACUUCAAAGUACGGCUGAUGGGAGAAAUUCCAAGGUGAUUCCUCAUGAAGGGAAGCGGAAGUGACUGUGAUGGUGACAUUUGAAAUCAGUCCAUGGUUCCACGUCCCAGAUGAAUCCAUCUCGACUUAUGUUUCGGCGGUUAAAACCUUUGGUGACAGAGUUAGACGCUAACUUUAGCGCUGACACUGUCCAUCGUGAAGCUGCUAACAUGAAGCAGAAGGAGGAAGAGUUGAUGUUGGAGAUCUGGGACGGUGAGGCUCCAGGGUUCAGGCGGUCAAGGUCAACACACAGCAGCACGGCGCUUAUAAUAUAGUCAUUUAUUAAUUUGGCGAAUGUGUUCUGAAGGGCAAAGAACGGCGUUUACCACGGCCAUGAUACAAUACUUUAUAAUUACAACAUUUACAGGUCUUUGUACAUCAAACCAUAGAAGCUGAGCGGAGAAUGAACCACAGAAGCGACACAGUUUUUCUUUUAAACGCGGAGUCACGGCACGUCGCCGGGAUUCGUCUUAGUCAGUCUGGGAGCGUCGUGACAGCUCAUCAUCGCUCCGGCUCUGAUGCGGUUGCAGAGGGAAGCAGGAACCAAAGUGGACGUGUCAUUCAGCCCGGUAUCGACGCCGACACUUCCAGCGCGUCCUUCAGUCAAAACAGCUGACGAGACAGAGUGGGUCCGGUCUUUUUUUUUUGUUUUUUUGCAUCCACUCUAAAUCCAUCCACAACUGAAGGAAAUAAAGGUAGAAAGUACAGAUGUAGAGAUUUAAGAAGGAAAGUGGUGAUAAAUUUCAUGUUCAAUAAAUACAAACGCAGGACGGAGAGUUUGACAACCAGCUUCUUCCAAUGAUGCGAUUUUGUUAAACUUUAACGUAAUCUAAGUUACGUUUUUUAAUAUAUAAUAUGGAUUUUACACUUUCAACAUAAAACUGCUUGAAAAUGUGAGAAUUUUCUUCUAUAAAAUGCAUUUAUAAUCAAAUAUAUGAUCAAAUGUUUUCCCUAAAACCCAAACUUGGAUGGACUUGACUUCCAUAUUCUGUCAUGUUAUAAUUUACUUUUGUUUGUGACGUUGACCAUCCAUCCCAUAAUAAAGGCGUUGUAAGUCUCUUGUGCCACAGCGGAUCUUUUCCUCACAACCAACCUUGAUCCUCUUUGGUUUACAACUAUAGUUUUGCCUGUAGCAUGUGCAUCUACUUUUGUCUGCAUCAAGCUGGUUCACCAAACUCUCCAGCACCUGGGAAUGAAGCGAUGGUGAGCGGAUCAAUGAGUUUGAAGAAGAAACCUUUCGCCGCCCGGAAAUCAAAACCAAACAAAUGAAUAAAUAAGCAAGCAAACAUCGACAAACACGAGUUCCCAGUGUUUCUUUUUUUCCAGGUACAAAUGUUGGGCUGUGUCUUGGAAAACCGUCCGAUCAUGUUGCUUUCGGCUUCCGUUCUCCGUGUCGUCCAGUGUGUAACGCAAAAAUUCCACCAGCUGAAAAGAAAAAGCUCCUCUCAUGAGCUCCACUUUGUUUCUCCAUUCGUCCCGUCUGUGAAUCCUCACAUGUCAAACCUGCAACUGAACCCGCCCUGAUGCUCCGAUGUGCUUUAUCAUCCUCUUGGACUCCGGAAAUGAAUCCUUACCGUUUAUUUUUCUGGGACCGAAAAGCAUGACGGCAGAAAAGGGUCCUGACACAGUGUUUCCUGAAGUCCCCCUCAAAAAAGGUGGUGAAGGAGGCAUCUGGGCUAAAGAACUGUGGCGUUGUGGCCCUCGAUCCUGGGCAGCCGGGGGUCAUGAACUGUUCCCAUGGUGACCAGCAGAGGGCGACUGUCCUCUGACAUAGCUGGCCUGCUCAGUGUCGUCGCCCUGUGGUGGGCGGCGGCGGUGGCGGUGGAUGAUGGGAGGCCUUGCUGCGGAGGCAUGGAGGGCGGAGGGUUGCCAUGAGAAGCUUCUAAAGACAGGCCUUGCUCCUGGUAGCCGUAGCCGAUGUUCCCGCAGGGGAAGCGUCUCAGUCUGUAGAGUGGCACUGGCGGCAGAGCGGCAGAGUCUAGGAGCAGCGGCGACUGGGAGGUGGGUGGCGGCGGGGGCGGUAACAGCGGCCGGCAGAAACCCUGCUGCUGCUGCUGCUGCAGCAGCUGGAGUUGAUGCUGGAACUUCUUGUGCGGGUGUUGAAGUCCCAGAGAUCCCGCCACCUCAGCCACCGUCCGCCCCACAUGCUCUUGUCCCUCGCCAGGAACCCGGCCAAUGGUUCCCCCGGUGGACAUGGCAGCUCCGACACCUCCCUGCCUCUGCUGCUGCUGCUGCUGCUGCUUCCUCUGCUGCUGCUGCAGGAACCAGGAGCCGUACGUGGGGUUCCACAGGCUGGUCGUCUUCCCGCCGUGGCCGUCCUUCUCGGGCAGAUGCCCCUGGGUGAAAGCAAGGUUGACGUGGCCCCCGUCCUGCCCCUGGUUCGCAGAGACCGGCACUCCCUUGCCUGCCAGAAUAGAGGCAGCGGUGGAGGUGGCGGUGUUGGUGGUCGUCAUGGUGAUGGAGGUCUGCGUGUGAGGCAGCUGGUGCUGAUGCAGGCACGGCUGCGGCGGAGCUGCUGUCUGUGCUUUGGCCUCCGAGGUUGUGCCCGAGGCCUCGGUGCCUCUCCGUGCGUCGUCUGAUGGGUAGGAAGGAGGCGGCUGUGGCGCCUCGCCAUCGGGGACCUGGGCUUUCACCACCACGGUAGGAGCCGUGGGGUCGUCCUGUUCCGCGGUGGCUUGCUCCUCCUCCUCUGGGACUGGUCCGUACUCCACAGGCAAAGGCAUGGACACCACGUCAGGGUCCUGAAUCAGAGGAUGGAAGACAAAAUGUGGAUCAGAAGCCUGGUGCAGAGAUGAAAUACGUGUGGUAAACAUGUGGAGAGAGUCGCUCUGACUGUUGACCAGGUUUAACCACUCAGAACACACGGCUGCAUGGACCUCAAUUUAAAGUAGGUCGCCUAGAAACAAGGUCCAGAUCUGGCAGAAGCAUCUGGCUCUAUGACUGGAGGUCACACCAAAUGCAAGUCUUUUUUAUCAUCGACUGAAUGUGCAUGACUUGUUUCAGUUGUUCUUUGUGUAACUAAGCUAACAUCUGCCUCCAAAACAGACAUAUCCGUCUUGCUCAUCUGCAUUUUUGAAAUUGGCUCCACUUUUCUGGACCAAGUGACAAGCGACUGAGACAGAAAUCCGCCCCUUCAUUUGCAGCCUGCUGCACCUCUCUGGUCUGAGUACCUGCAGGCAGUAGUCGAUCCUCUCCAGGAUGGUGGAGAAGUUGGGCCUGUCCUCGGGCUGGUGCUGCCAACUCUGGGUCAUUAUCCGGUACCUGCAAGAGUGGACAGGAAACCAGUCGGAACAUUGUCUCCAUUUCCAUGAGGAGAAGUGCUGUGACUCUUCUUGGAGUCGUGAUACUGUUCUGGUGCUGAUGCAGGAGUUCUAGCUCUUCCAGGGAACGUCGUGGGAAUGACAUCAUGUGACUGCUAUCGAGUCACAGUCAGUGGAACAAUUUAAAGCAGCACAUGAAUCAGCAUUAGCUGCGUGUUUAUGAAACCACCACAUGAUGUUCAGUCAGUUCUUCUGCAGACAUCAACACAACCUGCAGCUCCAAUAGAACAGGCGUGUUUUGUGUCAGGUUGAGUCUAAACAACGACUCAAAAGACUGUAAAAUCAUCUCCACUGUGAUAUUUGGCCGAGACAUCCAUGAAAAACACUCGUGACUCAGCAGGCUCACAGGGGACCCACACCAGGGCGCCCAGUCCGACUCCUCUAUGGAGUGUGAAGCAGCACAUGAGGAGGGGCUCGGCAGCGAAGGCGCUCAAAUUUCUCCGGGGUCACCGUGUGUCAACAUCUUGAGUCUUGAGUCUUUCAUGUGAGCGCGUGGUUUCCCUGGGUCUCCGACGGCAGCUCUUGUUUGUGUGAUGGAGAAACCUAAUUGGACCUCGAGGGACGUUUCCGCGUGGUCAUGUGCCGCGAGAGGAUGUGUUUUGCUGCUGAUGUCUCUGCAUACGUCAGACCUCACAAUGGUGUGGUGUGAUGCUGCAACAGCAAAGCUACGUACACAGGUCCGGGGCAGUUCUUGGGCGGAUCCAUUCUGCCACCGUUGGUCACAAACUCCAGCACCUCCUGGUUGCUACGGCUGGGAUAUGGCAUGUAGCCGAGCGAGAAGAUCUCCCACAGCAGGACCCCGAACGA